AUGUUGUCUGAACUGCUGCUGCUGGCAUCCGUGGCCGUAGCCGCCGAGUUCAAGGAGUUUGACGCCACCAAGGAAAAGGUGGACGCUGUGAUUGGCGAGACCAAGGCCGCAUUUUCCGAGGGCACCGGCACCAUGACCGAAAAGGUGCUGGCAUUCAUCAACAAGAUCUUCGUGCACCAGACCGAGUACACGCCCGAAGCGUGGGCUGCGCUGUCCAUCAAGGAGCGACUGUUGCACUACGAUUGGUCCAAGGAGGCCUUCAUUGUCGCGUUCAUCGUAUUCUACGUGGGUCUCUUCUACCUGGGCUCUUCUCUCAACAAGAAGAAGAUCAACGGCUGGGUCGACGCCAACAAGGCCGUUCUCGCCAGCCAGUUCUACCAGGUGGGUGCCAACCCCGUCGGAGUCAAGGACCGAAAGAUUCUUGUUGCCGACACCCCUUCCAACUUCACCACCUACGCUACCGGCCGAAUCAACAUUGAUUCGCUGACCGCCAAGGCCAAGCUCAAGACCCGACAGAAUCUGCUGACCCUCAUGUUCGAGUACGUCUUCUCCUUCUUCAUGGACGCCGUCCCCGUGCCUACCGACGAGGUGACCAUCACCCUCAAGAUCAACAAGAACGCCAGCGUGCCCGACGGAAUCUGGGCCAUUGUGCACAAGGACGCCAUGCGAAAGGCCCGAGAGGACCAGUACUUCCUGUCGCUGACCAAGACCUCGGACUCGGACAAGCUGCCCGUCUCUUGUGUCUUCAUGUCCGAGAACUCCGAGCUCACCGAGAAGCUCUACAACCCUGCUCUCAAGGAGCUGCUCACCGAGACUGCUCCCUACUUCCGGUACCUGGCCAUCACCGACCUGCCCUCCGAGCGACCCAACAAGGCCUCCGAGUACGAGAAAUCGCUGGUUGGAGCCACCAAGACCGUGGUGCUCAAGCUGAACAUUCCCUCCGGCGCAACCGAUCUAGCCAAGACCGCCCAGCUGCUGGAGACCGCCAUCAACCUCGUAGAUACCGCUACCAAGCUGAACCUGCGACCCGAGGUGGCCAAGAAGAUCCGAGCCACCCGAGAAACCGAGAUCAAGAAGAUCCAGAAGGUUGCUGAUGAGGAGCGAGCUGAGGAGGAGGCUGAGAAGCGAGCUGCCGCCAAGAAGGAGGCCGACACCAAGGCCAUCUCUUCUCUGUCCCCCGAGGCCCAGCGAAAGGCCGAGCAGAAGCUCCGAGAAAAAGAGGCUCGAAAGGCCCAGAAGAAGCAGACUCGAAAGGGUUAG